AUGGUCGGCCAAAAAAUUGACGGGACCGCCAUUGCAAAAGGCAUAAGGGAACGUCUGCAGAAGGAAAUCCAGGAGACCCAGAAGGCUAACCCACGCUACAAGCCAUGUCUCAAGAUCAUCCAGGUGGGCGACCGUCCGGACUCGAGCACUUACGUUCGCAUGAAGCUCAAGGCUGCCGACGAGGCCAAUAUUGACUGCGAGCUACUACAUCUGCCCUCGUCGAUAUCCGAGCCGGAGCUCGUGCAGCAUAUCACCCGCUUCAACAAUGAUCCUGAUGUCCACGGCAUCCUUGUCCAACUACCCCUCCCCAAGCACCUCUCGGAGCAUACCAUAACCUCGACCGUUCUCGAUGAGAAAGAUGUGGAUGGCUUUGGUGCUACCAACAUUGGCGAGCUUGCAAAACGAGGAGGUAAACCUUUUUUUGUUCCCUGCACACCACAGGGUGUCAUGGUCUUGCUGAAAGAGGUCGGUGUUGAUCUCCAGGGCAAGAACGCUGUCGUCCUUGGCCGCAGUGAUAUUGUUGGCAGCCCUGUCAGUUAUCUCCUCAAGAACGCCGAUGCCACUGUCACCGUUUGCCACUCCAAGACACAAAACCUCAAGGACGUGGUCAAGGGUGCAGAUGUCGUGGUCGCCGCCAUUGGUCAACCAGGGUUCGUAAAAGGUGAUUGGCUCAAACCUGGUGCGGUCGUGAUCGAUGUGGGGACCAACUAUAUCCCAGAUGCAUCCAAGAAGUCUGGUCAGCGCCUGGUGGGUGACGUCGACUUUGACGCAGCUGCAGAGGUUGCUGCUCACAUCACACCGGUGCCGGGAGGUGUCGGUCCCAUGACCGUCGCCAUGCUGAUGCAGAACGUGGUCAACUCAGCCAAUUCCUACUUCGAGAGGCUCAAGGAGCGUCAAGUCAUUCCUCUGCCCCUGAAGCUUCAGCAGCCAGUACCAUCGGACAUUGCCAUCUCGAGAGCCCAACACCCCAAGUACAUCACUCAGGUUGCGAAAGAGGUAGGCAUUGCGCCGCACGAGCUUGAGCAGUACGGCGCGUACAAGGCCAAGGUAGACCUGAAGCUCCUCAACCGUCUGAGUCACCGGAAAAAUGGCAAGUACAUCCUGGUAACUGGCAUUACUCCUACUCCUCUCGGCGAGGGAAAAUCAACCACGACUGUGGGCUUGACCCAGGCACUUGGUGCUCAUCUUGGAAAGGUCGCUUUCGCCGAUGUGCGCCAGCCAAGUAUGGGCCCAACUUUUGGCAUCAAAGGUGGUGCUGCUGGUGGUGGCUACAGCCAGGUCAUUCCCAUGGAUGAGUUCAAUCUGCACCUGACUGGUGAUAUUCAUGCUAUCACCGCUGCCAACAAUCUGCUCGCUGCUGCAAUUGAUACCCGCAUGUUUCACGAGGCCACUCAAAAAGACGGCCCCCUCUACCGACGUCUAGUGCCGGCAAAGAAAGGCAAGCGACAAUUCGCGCCGGUAAUGCUACGACGACUAAAGAAACUCGGCAUUGACAAGACAAAUCCUGACGAGCUGACGGAGGACGAGAUUCGUCGAUUCGCCCGUCUCGACAUCGACCCUGAGACCAUUACCUGGCGCCGGGUGCUUGACGUCAACGAUCGCUCUCUGCGGGGAGUUACUAUUGGUCAAGCCCCCACGGAAAAGGGCCACACUCGAGAGACUGGCUUCGAUAUUGCUGUAGCCAGCGAAUGCAUGGCUAUAUUGGCUCUGGCUAACGACCUCCGAGAUCUCCGGGAACGGCUGGGCCGAAUGGUCAUCGGGUCCUCGAAAGCCGGAGAGCCUGUCACUUGCGAUGACGUUGGCGUCGGUGGUGCUAUGACUGCACUGCUCAAGGAUGCCAUUAAACCAAAUCUCAUGCAGACAUUGGAGGGUACUCCCGUCUUCGUCCAUGCUGGCCCCUUUGCGAAUAUCAGUAUUGGCAACAGUUCGGUCCUGGCAGACAAACUUGCCCUGAAACUGGCUGGCACUGAACCUGGCGAGGACCAUGAAGCAAAGGCAGGCUACGUUGUUACAGAGGCUGGCUUUGACUUCACAAUGGGCGGCGAGCGCUUCUUCAACAUCAAGUGCCGUUCAUCAGGCCUUGUUCCUGACGUUGUAGUCAUCGUGGCCACGAUACGUGCCCUCAAGGUCCACGGCGGUGGGCCCGAAGUAUCUGCCGGGGCUCCGCUACCGAAAGAGUAUCAGACUGAAAACGUCGAUCUACUCAGAGCAGGCUGUGUCAAUCUCAAGAAGCAUAUCGCCAAUGCAACAACAUAUGGUGUGCCGGUUGUUAUUGCGAUCAACAAGUUCGAGACUGAUACCGAUGCCGAGAUCAAGGUCAUCGAGGAAGAAGCUCUUGCCGCUGGAGCUGCAGCUGCGGUCCCAGCGAGUCAUUGGGCCGAAGGUGGUGCUGGGGCGGUGAAACUUGCCGAGGCUGUGAUCGCAGCUUCUGCCAAACCAAAAGACUUCAAGCUGCUGUACGAUACCAAUGGAAGUGUGCAAGAGCGCCUUGAUAAGAUCGCAACUACCAUGUAUGGUGCUGCGAAGGUCGAACUCAGUGAGCUUGCCCAGAAGAAGGUCGACAUUUACGAAAAGCAGGGCUUUGGGGAUCUGCCCAUCUGCGUUGCAAAGACGCAAUACUCCCUCAGCCACGAUCCGGCUCUGAAGGGUGCCCCAACCGGGUUCACAAUUCCCGUCCGAGACGUCCGACUUGCCGUGGGUGCUGGCUAUCUCUACGCCUUGGCAGCAGAUAUCCAGACCAUCCCCGGUCUCCCCACUGCACCUGGCUACCUCAAUGUGGAUGUCGAUCCCGAGACUGGCGAGAUCGAUGGUCUCUUUUAG